AUGGAUUCGUUGAGCUCACGGUUGGAUACUCCUUUCAACAGCGCUGGGAUACGGAAAUCCGCUUCCGGAGACCCACGUUGUGCCAGUUGUACGAUGCGUGCCUCAUUCGGUAAUACUGAGGCUGAAUACUCACGUAUGGUGUCCAAAUCCAGUGCUAAACUUCUCGAUUCACUCUGGGAAAAGAAGCUCAUACCAGAAGAUGGCUGGCCCGAUCACGCUCUGGAAUUGUUUCUUUCUUGGCUUGCCUGUCAUGACACCAACAAUCGAGUGGACGUGGCUACUGUGGGUGCGGGUGAGCGAGAAGGACGAGUCGCUUGUCCUUUGGUGCGGAGACUUCAUUGUAGCCUAACUCAUGGAAUCGGACGCAGUGGUAAUAUCACUGACAUCCAACCCAAAGCACUCGGCUCAUCCAUGCUUGCUUGUCUUGCAAACGAACUGGCACUGCACGCGAUACAACAGAUUGGUGAGGAAUAUUAUCCUGAAUAA